UGCACUGCUGAAACAACAGCAUCUGAACUGCACUGGGAACUGUGGAACCACCCAGCUCAGCAACCAGAGGAGCAGCUUGUGUAGUGAAAGCAGAGCAGGCAGCUUCCCUGGGCAUCCUUUCAAACUGCUACAGGCUUGUUAUUCUCUGGACCUGACUGGGAACAUGGGAGGCUCUCUGCGCUUACUGAUGGAGAGGGUAUCACUGUGGGAUGCCACUGAAACGUGCCAGGGUUUAUCUUGGAAUCUGGGCUCUUUGCAAGACAUCUAAACCAAGGUCCUCCUCCUGAAAUUCUGUCUCAUCCCAAAGGAUCCUAACUGGAUUUAUGCUCUUCUUGCCUUUUCCCCUCUUCUGUCUCAGCUACUGCUGCCGAGCUCCCCAGCUCUUCAUUGCCCUUCUGCUUAACUUUCCGAUGCUUGGGUUUAACUUGUAACUUCUGCAUGGUGGAUAUUGUCAAAUGGACUCAGCUUACUGUUUCAGACCUUUUCCUGCUCUGGAUUUGCUGCUCACCAGAUCCAGCCUGCCUCUGUGCUGAUUUUGGGGUUGCUUAGAAAAAAUGCUGCUUCCCUUUGCAGGAAUGAUAGAUCAGCUGUAACUAAGGCUUGUGAGACAUUGUAAAGUUGGCUUGAUCCUGCUGUUUUGGGCUUUGCUGGAAGAUCUGAUUAUUUAACUGCAUUUCGUGAACAUUCAUCAUCUACUAUUUAAGAAUAAAGCCACUGUGCCAGUUCUUGUGAUAGUUAUUUUUGGACAAUUGAAAAAAAAAAUAAACCCCACAACCUUCUUUUCAUGCUCCACCCCAUCCCCAGUUCCAAUACCUUACAUGUUAGGGCUUGGGAGGCCCUUGGGGAAACAGGUAUAGGAUCCUGAUUGAAACCUUGGAUGUGACUGAGAGUUCUGCCUCAACUUGUGGUUGGUUUUUUUUUUCAAAGUACCAUGGCCUUGAGUGGAAACUGCAGAACUUACCUCCCUCCUAGAGAACAAGGGACAGUUGUGCAUUCUUUCCCAGAGGUAAUAGAACUGAAUGUGGGUGGCCAGGUUUAUUUCACUCGCUACUCAACUUUAAUAGGCAUUCCCCACUCCCUGCUUUGGAAAAUGUUCACCUCCAAGAGAGAGACAGUCAAUGACCUAGCAAAAGAUUCCAAGGGAAGGAUUUUCAUCGACAGAGAUGGCUUCCUCUUCCGCUACAUUCUGGACUAUCUCAGGGACAAGCAGGUGGUCUUGCCUGACCACUUUCCAGAAAGAGGAAGGCUCAAGAGGGAAGCGGAGUACUUUCAGCUCCUAGACUUGGUCAAACUUCUGACUCCUGAUGAGAUCAAGCAAAGCCCUGAUGACUAUUGCCAUAGUGACUAUGAGGAGGUUUCCCAAAGCAGUGACACAAGGAUAAGUGCCCCAUCGUCACUCUUACCUUCGGAUCGAAAGUGGGGCUUCAUUACCAUUGGCUACAGAGGGUCAUGCACCAUGGGCAGGGAGACCCAAGCAGAUGCCAAGUUCAGGAGAGUCCCAAGGAUUUUGGUUUGUGGAAGGAUUGCUUUAGUCAAAGAAGUUUUUGGAGAAAGUUUGAAUGAGAGCAGAGACCCAGACCGGGCUCCAGAUAGAUACACCUCCAGAUUUUAUCUGAAAUUUAGGCACCUGGAAAGGGCUUUUGACAUGUUGUCAGAAUGUGGAUUCCACAUGGUAGCAUGUAAUUCCUCGGUGACAGCUUCUUUUGUCAAUCAAUACACUGAUGACAAGGUUUGGUCCAGCUACACGGAAUACGUCUUCUACCGUGAGCCUUCAAGAUGGUCUUCAUCACACUGUGACUGUUGCUGCAAAAAUGGCAAAGGAGAUAAAGAAGGCGAAAGCGGGACAUCCUGCAAUGAACUAUCCACCUCUAGCUGUGACAGCCAAUCAGAAGCCAGCUCCCCACAAGAGACUGUUAUCUGUGGCCCAGUCACCCGCCAGUCCAAUAUACAGACUCUGGAUCGGCCAGUCAAGAAAGGCCCUGUGCAGCUACUUCAACAGUCUGAAAUCCGGAGGAAAAGUGACCUGCUCCGAACUCUAACUUCUGGCUCUAGGGAAUCCAACUCUAGUAAAAAAAAAGCAGUGAAAGAAAAGCUCUCCAUUGAGGAAGAAUUAGAAAAAUGCAUCCAGGAUUUCCUAAAAAUCAAAAUCCCAGACAGGUUUCCAGAAAGGAAACACCCCUGGCAAUCUGAACUCUUACGGAAGUAUCAUCUAUAGGAGUUGGGCAGGGGUCAGGAAAAUCAGCUUAAGUUACAAUUUACUGAAAGAGAUUCCACAGGCAAAGAAAUAAAUGAUGAUGAUUUGUUAGGGCACAACA